GUACCACCGCACAGCAUUGUGGCCGCGUCUGCCCUUCACGUUCGUCCAUAUCCUGUGAGGCUCCAACUCCUAGGCACUGCAAUCAUGGCUCUGCUGAAGUCUAACAAGGUUAUCUUCUGCCUGGGGAAUAUUUCUCCAUCUCUGGGAGUGUUGUCUACUCGCAAUAGCUCAUGGUGGGGUGGAGUGCAGAUGGGGCCCCCUGAUCCCAUUCUCGGGGUGACAGAAGCCUUCAAGAGGGACACCAACCCGAAGAAGAUGAACCUUGGAGUAGGAGCCUACAGGGAUGACCAGGGAAAGCCCUUUGUGCUCAGCUGUGUUCGCAAGGCCGAAUCUUUGAUUGCAGCCAAACAGCUGGAUAAGGAGUACCUUGCCAUUGGGGGUCUGGGUGAAUUCACCAAAGCCUGUGCCCAGCUGGCUCUUGGAGCAGACAGUGAGGUUUUAAAAAGCGGCAGGAGCAUCACUGUUCAAACCAUCUCAGGCACAGGAUCUUUGCGCAUAGGAGGCAACUUUUUGGCUAGAUUCCACGCAGGUCCACAUGACGUGUAUCUGCCAAAGCCAUCCUGGGGAAACCAUACACCCAUCUUCAGAGAUGCUGGCAUGCAACUCAAAGCAUACCGCUACUAUGACCCUUCCACCUGUGGCUUUGACUUCAACGGAGCUCUUGGGGAUAUUUCUAAAAUCCCAGAGAAGAGUGUGAUUCUGUUGCACGCAUGCGCCCAUAACCCCACCGGCGUGGACCCCAGGCCUGAGCAGUGGAAGGAGAUUGCGCAAGUUGUGAAGAAGAGAAACCUGCUGCCAUUCUUCGACAUGGCCUACCAGGGCUUUGCAAGUGGCGACAUUGAUCGCGACGCCUGGGCUGUGCGGUACUUCAUCGAACAGGGACACAACAUCGUCCUGUCACAGUCCUUUGCCAAGAACAUGGGACUCUAUGGUGAGCGCGUGGGAGGCUUCACUGUAGUCUGCAGCGACGCAGAAGAAGCAAAGAGGGUGGAGUCCCAAAUCAAGAUUCUCAUCAGACCCAUUUACUCCAACCCACCAGUGAAUGGGGCCAGAAUCGCUUCCACGAUUUUGAACACUCCAGAACUUUACUCAGUCUGGCUGAAGGAGGUGGAUUCUAUGGCCAAACGCAUCAUUACAAUGAGGGAGCAGCUGGUGGAAGGUUUGAAAAAACACGGAUCUUCUCACAAUUGGCAGCACGUCAUCGACCAGAUUGGGAUGUUCUGCUUCACAGGCCUAAAGCCUGAGCAGGUUGAGAGGCUGACUAAGGAGUUUUCUGUGUACAUGACCAAGGACGGUAGAAUUUCCAUGGCAGGCGUGACCUCUGGGAAUGUGGGAUACCUCGCAGAGGCAAUCCACGCAGUCACCAAGUAGACUGUUUUCUGUUUGGAGAGCGACAGAAUCAAAGCUGCAGAGUUGAAGAGGAGCUUUUAUGCAUCACUUCUCCAGCCCACCUUUAGAGAAGAGCUCAUUGUUUAGUAAUACAUUCUCGUAUGGAUUUCAUGAUUUCAUCGUGGAACGGUUGCUGUUUUUCCAAUUACCUGUUCAGAACUUUCCUGUCAACAUUCUCCCCUGCUUAGCAAUGACAUAUUUCUUUCUGGAGUAGAUGUCACAUUUAUUUAUUAAUUGGGAUUAAUUGUCGUACCAUUUGGUUUUUCUGAUUGUUACCUUCUCUGCUGUGAGCCCUGUCAUCAUGUAACACCCAGAAAUAAAAUCACUGGGCAAAGGCUUGCUGGCUUUAUGUGUCAGGAAAAAUGCCUGUUACUCUGUCAAAUCCUGUAGGAUUCUUUUUUCUUCUUUUUUUGUUGAAAUGGUGGUGGUGCAGCACUUUAUGUUUUAUGGCACUAUUUGAUCUUGUCACUGGGCUUGGCUGUCUAAACAGGCAUUCAUCAGGUUAUCAGUUUGCUUUAAUUUCAUCAGCCCUUCGGUAGUUUCUGGCUCCAUGUAAGGAAAACCUCGCAUGUUCCUUUUUUUCUGUCUAUCUGUUUAAGCUCCCCAUUCAAACAGGAAAGAGUUAAGUGUAAAGAAUAGAUUCAAAUUCUGUGUGGAUAUAUUUUUUUUUUUUAUCAAAGUUGGCAUAUAUUGCCACCUUUUCACAUGUUGACAGUGAAAGCUCAAACCUGUAAUAUUGAUGAUUGGAGUUCCCUUUUUGGGGGGUUAACAGUGGGAUUUAAACAAAAUAUUAACCUAUUGCUGAAGUUCACCUCCAUUGUCUGCUUAUAAAUGGUCAUUUGUCAUAAACCCGAAAAAGAACAAUAAACUGUAAUGGAAUGAGUA